UUAAAGUGGGAGCAGUGAGCAAUCAGCAAUAAGCCAAAACACAAAUAGAAAGAAUGGUCGCGCUAUUAUCCUCUGUUAGCCACGCGAUUUCUAACGCCACCACUUCCACACUCCAUCGCCGGAGCGUCAACCAAACGCACUCUUCCCGGCUUCUGUUGUCCUUUCAGCUGUCGGCGUUCGGUUCUCGUGAUUCACACAACGAUGCGGUUUGCAUCCGUAGUCGGAAGCCACUCUCACCAACUACCUAUUCUUCCAACCUCGCACCCGUCGCCGCAAUACCUUUCGACCUCUCUCCUCCUCCGAUUGACCACGACCUUUAUGAUGACAUGGCUAUAGCAGGGGCAAAAGUGUCAGAAGAUUGGAUUAUUGAAACAUUCAAUAACGAUGAAGAGGCGCUAGAUGCAGUUGACAAUGGCACUGUGGUUGUUGAUCUUUCCCAUUAUGGUAGAAUAAGAGUGAGUGGAGAAGAUCGCAUACCAUUUCUUCACAACCAAAGUACAGCAAAUUUUGAAGCACUCUCUGAAGGAGGGGGAUGUGACACUGUCUUUGUUACUCCAACUGCUAGAACAAUUGACAUUGCACAAGCAUGGAUCAUGAAAACAGCAGUUACACUAGUUGUAUCACCAUCAACAAGUAAAAGUAUCAGUGAAAUGUUAAAAAAGUACAUAUUUUUUGCUGACAAGGUUGAAAUUCAAGACAUUAGUAACAAGACUUGCUUAUUUGCAUUAAUUGGACCAAAAAGCAAUCAAGUAAUGGUGGAUUUGAAUCUUGGUGAUCUUAUUGGACAACCUUAUGGCUCACAUAAGCAUUACAAUGUCAGCGGUAAUCCAGUAACUGUGGCAGUGGGAAGUGUGAUCUCUGAAGAAGGUUUCUCACUGAUGAUGUCACCAUCAGCUGCAGGAAUGAUUUGGAAAACUCUUUUAAGUCACAAUGCAACUCCAAUGGGUUCAAAUGCAUUCGAAACAUAUCGAAUUCUUCAAGGAAGGCCAACACCUGGUAAUGAGCUUACCGAUGAGUUUAAUGUUCUGGAGGCUGGUCUUUGGAAUGCAGUGUCCUUAAACAAAGGUUGUUACAAAGGGCAAGAAACCAUAUCCAGAUUAAUCACAUACGAUGGCAUAAAACAGAAGUUAUGGGGCAUUCAACUUUCAUCCCCAGUGAAACCCGGUACUCCAGUUACAGUUGAAGGAAAGAAGGUAGGAAAGUUGACAAGUUAUACGGAUGGAAAAGGGGGAAAUGAGUAUUUUGGUUUAGGGUAUAUCAAGAGAAAAGCUGCUUCAAAAGGGGACACAGUUGUUGUUGGAGAUGAUGUUUUUGGGACAGUUGUGGAAGUUCCUUAUCUUGCACGACAGCAGCCAUUGGCGUUGAGUUCAAAAUCUUAGUAUGGAUUAAAAAAAAAAACAGUGUUUGUUCAUAAACACUUUAUCCAAUCCUUAACUUCCUAACAUCCUUAACUGGAAAGCUAUAAUUUUUCGUAUACUGACUUUUAACUUCUAUUAUCUAUGAAUCAGAACCAUAUCAUUUAUACAAUUGAGAAUCGUAUGAU